AUGGACGUCUCCAGUUUAGGGGUAACGGCGGAGCUGGCAGUGAGCUGUCCUUACUGCGGCCUCCGGCAGGCGCCCCCCGGGGGCAGGAAGCUGGUGCUUCCUACUCUGCCCUUCUGUACUGUGCCAUUCUUUGCCCACAGCCUAUGCCCCUCCUACAAUAUCUGUGAAGAUUGUGAAGCGGGGCCAUAUGCCCAUGACACUAACCAUGUCCUGCUAAAGUUGCGGAGACCUGUUGCGGGUUCCUCUGAACCAUUUUCUCACUCAAAGUACUCUACUAUUCGUCUUCCUGCUGCUCUGGAACAAGUCAGGCUCCAGAAACAGGUUGAUAAGAACUUUCUUAAAGCAGAAAAGCAAAGGUUACAUGCUGAGAAGAAACAACGUAAAGCAGAGGUCAAGGAACUUAAAAAGCAGCUUAAGCUCCACAGGAAGAUUCAUCUGUGGAAUUCGAUCCAUGGACUCCAGAGCCCCAAGUCUCCUUUGGGCCGACCUGAGAACUUGCUCCAGGCUAAUACCCUGAUGCUCCCUUUGCAACCGUGUGCCCCAGUUAUGCCAAUGCUCAGUGCAGCAUUUGUGGAUGAGAAUUUGCCCGAUGGGACUCACCUUCAGCCAGGAACCAAGUUUAUCAAACACUGGAGGAUGAAAAAUACAGGAAACAUAAAGUGGAGUGCAGACACAAAGCUCAAGUUCAUGUGGGGAAACCUGACUUUGGCCUCUACAGAAAAGAAAGAUGUUUUGGUUCCCUGCCUGAAGGCCGGCCACGUAGGAGUUGUGUCUGUGGAGUUCAUCGCCCCAGCCUUGGAGGGAACAUAUACGUCCCAUUGGCGUCUUUCUCACAAAGGCCAGCAGUUUGGGCCCCGGGUCUGGUGCAGUAUCAUAGUGGAUCCUUUCCCCUCUGAAGAGAGCCCUAACAACAUUGAAAAGGCCAUGAUCGGCUCAAGCAAAGCUGAUGAUCUCACCUGCGAACAGGAGGUGAGCAUUGAUAGGCUUUGGCCCAGUAUCCCGGGGCAUUUACUUGGAGCUGGGGAGAGGGUGACUAGAAUUUGGCACUGCUGUGCUGUGUUUACUGUUCUCCACCGUUGCCAUAGGUGUCUUUUCACCUUACUUUCCAUAUUGUGUCUUUCUGAAAGGAGCCCUCCGUGUGUGCAGCAUCAUGGUUCCCCAGGAGUGGACUUACCAGUUACCAUACCAGAAGUUUCUUCAGUGUCUGGUCAGAUCAGAGGAGAGCCCAGAGGCUCAUCAGGACUUGUAAACAGCAGACAGAAGAGCUAUGACCACUCAAGGCACUACCAUGGGAGCGGCAUUGCUGGCGGGCUGGUGAAGGGGGCUUUGUCUGUUGCUGCCUCUGCAUACAAGGCCCUGUUUGCUGGGCCACCAGUCACUGCACAGCCAAUAGUUUCUGAAGAUCAAACGGCAGCCCAGAUGGCGCACCUCUUUGAAAUGGGAUUCUGUGACCGGCAGCUAAACCUAAGACUGCUGAAGAAACACAAUUACAACAUCCUGCAGGUUGUGACGGAACUUCUUCAGGUCAACAACAAUGACUGGUACAGCCACCGCUAUUGAAGAGUGACCUUGUAUUAAAUAAGUCUGCCUGCUGCUCAGAGAUGAUCUGUAUUCUGUCAUUGGGGUGUGGAGUAGAAGCCCUUGCUUGUUUUUUAAUCUGAUGAAUCUGUAUAGAGCCCAUCUUUGAAUUAUCAAGACAAUACCUGUCACAGUAUUUUUGGGAGCAAAUCAAAGACCAGAACUUAAACUUUCACUUUAGACAUUGGAUGAAUAGUAGGAAGAUAGUUUUUCAAUUGAUUUGGUUAAAAGUCCUUUCUUCAUUUUAAUGCAUUGAAGAGUGUAACUUGAACUUCCUGUAGAACCAUUUUUUUCUGUUUUUAUUGAAGUUGAGUAUUUCUCUUUGGUUAAUGUGGAUGUUUAAUGGGAAUAUCUGUUAAUUGUCAGGUUUUAAAAGAAAUUAACCUUGGAGGUUGUUUUCAAGAAUUAUUCUCAAUUUCUGUAACCUACCCCAAGCCUCAUAGCUAUAUGACAUUGAAAUGACACCCAGAGCGUGAUAGGAACUUUGCUACUCUUCCUUUCCCAAGGAGAAAGUCAUUUCCCUGCAAGACUUAGUAAAUGGCACUGCUGCUUCCUAAAGACUCCUUUGGUGCAUUGAAGAGUAUCCAACUUCUUGGGAUCUCUGCAUUUCAGUGAAAGGAGGGAAGGGUGUGCUAAUUAAUCCACCAGCACCUAUUGAUUGGUGUCUAUACAGUAAUUUUGCAUACAUUUUUAUUUAAGGGAAAAAAUUUAGGUAGUGUGAAAUAUUUUGCUAAUUCUGUAGAGAAGGAAAAAAUUCUUCUAUUAUUAAAGGGAAAAGUAAAUUUAACAGUUACCGUUUUUCUUAAUGUCAGGGCAGAUCUUAUUUUACAGUAGAGUGGGGGAAAUAGAAACAUGUGGAAAGUGAAAGGCAGGCUCCUGAAUUAAUCUUAGUAAAGUUGAGGGUGGGCAAGUGAGUGUGUGUGAGGCAUAGGAAAUGCUGAUGACUUCUUGAAUGUUCGAAAUCCGUUCAGAGGUAUGUAGCCCUAGAGAGCCUAGAACAGGAAGAGGCAGUAGGUGUUUUGCAAAACUUGGAUGGGGGCAAACUCCCUGAAAAAGUUUUGGUUUAACCCCAGGAUGAGUGGGAAAGAGCUUGCUUCCAGGGGCCCAGGUGCUCACUUUGUUUACAGAAGGGAGUCUUGGGUACAAUUGGUGAAGGAAGGUAACAAAACACGCUAAAGAUUUUAUCUAUGACUUCCAGAAAAGGAAGAAUCUGAACCCCAGCCCGAAAGUGGGAAGGAUAAAGUAGUAUUAUUUAACCUGGUUGGUAUUUAUAAUGAAUGGUGAUUUUAAUUAGUCAUUAGCUGUAAUGAUGUUUAUUUGCAGUAUAACUCUUGAAUGCUACUUAAUAAACCAAGAUUCAGACUGCAA